CAGGAUGACUGUCCCCUGAGAAGGUCUGAAUGCGUGGCCGUGGCCAGAUAAUCUAGUAGGAAGGUACAAGGGGAGUUUGAGCUCACAAACCAAUCUUGGUUCUAAGCUUCUGGGUUUUCAUGAGCAGCACAGUUGGGGACAAGGAACAGUAACGUGGCCUUCCCUGAUUCCCAGAAGUGCCUGCUCCACCUUCUGACCACAGACCACAGAUCCGGAACAACUUUCUGGACUGAACCGUUGGGUGCCUCCUGCACCUGCAGAUCUCACCAGAAAGAUGCCAUCCUCUACAGCUAUGGUGCCUGGGACAAGAGGAGGCUGGCACUGCCUGGUGCUGACUACAGCAGCUGCCCUGACCCAGCUCAUGUGGCUCCCUGGUUGCUGUGGGUCCUACAUUGUUGGAGGCCAUGAGGUAACGCCACAUUCCCGGCCCUAUAUGGCCUCUGUGAGCUUCGAGGGCCAUCACUACUGUGGAGGCUUCCUGUUCCAUACCCAUUGGGUGGUGUCAGCUGCCCAUUGCUUCAGCGACAGGAGGUACCUUUGCAAGUCCUCCAUGGACUGUGAGCUUCAGGGUGUGGAGACCGGCCGAGGCCCCAGGCAGCCACCUGGCAAAGCUACACAGCUAACUGGGUGCACAGGGGUCCCGAGGUGCCUGUUUGCACUGCGGAGUUUCAGAGGCCUCCUGAAGGAAGUGAUGUCUAAACUGAGGCUCAAUGGGAAGUUGAAUGGCUCUGCUGUCCUGGGCCCCGCUGUGAGGCUAUUACGAUUGCCAAGGAGAGAUGCUAAGCCACCUGCGGUGGGCACGCGUUGCCACGUAUCCGGCUGGGGCUUCGUGUCUGACUUUGAGGAGCCUCCGCCUGGACUGAUGGAAGUCGAGGUGCGCAUACUGGAUCUGAGUGUCUGCAACAGCUCCUGGCAGGGCCAGCUGAGUCCUGCCAUGCUCUGCACUCACAGUGGGGACCGCCGGCGGCGUGGUUUCUGCUCGGCCUCUGGUGUGGUGACCCCAAGACUCCGGAUGUCUACACUCAAGUGUCAGCGUUUGUGACCUGGAUCUGGGGUGUGGUUCGGGCAAAUUCAUCCCCUGGUUCUACUGGACGCUCUGUGAGGGCUGUUUGAAUUUCAGCCCUCUACUGGGACAGACAUGAAUAGCAACCUGUACCCAUUGGCUCACAUCUGGAAUAUUCCAUGGCUUGAGACUUGGGCUACUGGCAUUCAUCCUAAAUGAACAAUUGUACUGAGGGUUGACUACCUAGAUACAUGGUUUAUGGUUUGAUGUAUGGUCAACUCCAGCCGCCGCCCUUAAUCCACAGUCACCCUUGUAACCAAGACCCGCUAUGCUGCCCGCUCCUGAACUCGUCGCUUCUGGGUGGCUCCCAGGCCUUUGCACCUGCUCUAUCCUCUAUGGAUCGUGACAAACUCCACUAACACAGACAGGGACUGACAUAUGUAGUGAGGACAAAAAUCCAAACAGUUAUAACUCC